UAAGAUGGAAUGGAAAUGAAGGAGAGGGCAGCAGGACGUGCUAGAAGCAUCUAAAGCCAACCUAUACAUGACUUGAUCGAGUGUAACCACUCCGGAUUGUGAAAGCCGAGCAAUAAAUCAAAUCGUUGGUGCGCAGGAAACAUAUGUGUAUGUAUCGUAUUCAUCCCUCUCCUGCCUCUUUGCUGUAUCUCGCCCACCCAGCUUAAGAGCAUCAGAGAGACUGGCAUAAUUGUCUACUGAGUGUGUAAAUACACAUAUGGUGAUGGAUAUGGACGAAGAUUUUCAGCCUCCUUCUCCUGGAGAAGGAGGAGGAGGAGGAGGGGACCAAAAUGCACUGCCGCUAAGCGAAAAUGAAGAGAAUAUAAGAGGCUUGCUUGCAUCGGCUCGGCAGCUCAUCGACCAAGGGAAGCCCUCCCUUGCUCUCCAAGCGGUUGUGACAGCAGUGAAGUCUAAUGGAGGUGAGGUUGCGGUCAUGCAAACUCUCAACAGAGCACGAGAGAUUUACAGGAACAAAGUGAGAGAGAGUGCAGCUGCUGAGGAAUUGGCUUCUUUGUUUGCUGAGUGUGCCAUCUCCCAAGCUGAACCUCCAUUGCUUCGUAAUAACAACAAUGACACCAGGAUGGAUGCUUUGGGUGAUGUGAUGCAACCAGCUGGCGGGUCCAUACUCGCAAAGAGUGGGCGAAUGCAAGUGGUAUUGGAUGCCUUUGCUGAUGGGAGCAGCUUCAUCUGUCUUCAGUGUGGCGGACUCGUGAGUAAUCUGCGCAGAGAAGAGCACUUUGCUUACUGGUGCUGCCAAAACUGAUGAGAUUGAGAUACAGUGAUGUAAAUGGGCGUGUUGUAACUUCUGCUACUCUAUAAUGUAAGAAGUAGAUGCGCAAUAUUAAUAGAUAUGGCUGGUUUGAAUCUGAGUUGUUUACGUACUA